AUGAUGAAUUUUCUUAUGUUUCUUAAUGUUUGUUUGCUUUUUAUAAUAAACGGGUUGAGUAGUGAUGGUUAUCGCAUUUUGGCAGUUUUUCCAUUUAAUUCAAAGAGUCAUAAUAAUAUGUUUGAGGGUGUGACAAAAACAUUAGCGAGGAAUGGUCAUAAAGUUGACGUUGUCUCACAUUUUAAAUUGAAAAAUCCGCCGAAAAAUUAUCGAACAAUCAUUAAUUUAGAAGGUACAAGGGGAAAUUUAGUGAAUAAUUUUACAAUUGAAUUUGCUAAUCAUAUACAAAAGUCGACAGUAUUGACAAUUUCCGAAAUGUAUGGAAAUGAACUUUGUGAAUUAAUGGGCCUUCCUGAGAUGCAGAAAUUGAUUAAAAAUCCUCCACACGAUCCGCCCUAUGAUCUUCUAAUUACUGAGGUUUGAAAUAAUAUAUUGCUUCUUCUUAUUUUGUGCUUAGCGUGAUCACAGGACUCGAACCAGUGAAAGUAUUUAAAAAUACGGACUUUAUGCACCAAAAAUGAAAAAUUGAAC